ACUUUUAAGAUUUUCAUUGGAAAUCUUUCUGAAAAGACCACAUCUAGUGAUAUCAGACCACUGUUUGAGAAGUAUGGCAAAGUUGUUGAAUGUGAUGUAAUGAAAAAUUUUGGCUUUGUUCAUAUGGACGAUGAUACCACUGGCCGUGCAGCUAUCAAAGCUUUGAAUGGUUCAAUGGUAAAUGAUUUAGCCAUGAAAGUAGAAACUGCCACUAGUCGCCGUGGUCCCAAUACCCCAACUACAAAAAUUUUUGUAGGAAAUCUUUCUGAAACAACAAAGGAAAAUGAAGUACGAGAAUUAUUUGAAAGAUACGGUACUGUUGUUGAAUGUGACAUUGUUAGAACUUAUGGUUUUGUGCAUAUUGAUUCAACUGAUGUAAGCAGACUUAUAAAAGAUUUAAACGGAUAUAUGUUGGAUGGUAAACCAAUCAAGGUACAAAUUUCAAAUAGCCGUGUUCGUCCGAGACCUGGAAUGGGCAUGCCAGAGCAGUGUUAUAGGUAUGGAUAUGGAAGAGAUGCCUUACCACAGCUUCCACCACCACGUGCCUUGCUUUAUCCACCACCACCUCCACUUUCAUUUGUUCGUGAUCGCAUUCUUGGUUCUUAUAGUACUGGCUUAAAAACUGAUAUGACAAGAAUGGACGAUUAUUCAAUGUUAUCUCACUCUGAACUAGGUGGUCAUAUGUAUGAAACUGAAGGCUUGUAUGACCGUUACUAUGAUCGUAGUCUUAUGCGAACAGCUGUUGAUGGUUAUGGCAUGGAUAGAAGAAUGCCAAGAAUGCUAUCUAGUCGCGAUUACUUAUCGUCAUCCACACGUAUUGGAACAACCGUAUUGGACCAAGAUUAUGUAUUCACACGCCGAUCACCAUUGUCAAGCAGUCGUACAUCGUUAGUAUUAAAAUUACUAUAUACAUAA